CCUAGAGGCAGAAGCUUCUGGAUCUCUCCGCUGAGCCUUAGGGUAGGGGGCCAAUGGAGAAGUUUCAGAAGGUCCUGGACCUGUACGUUAAGCACUACACCACGCUGGGCUACGGUCUGGUGACUCUUCUGACUGCGGGCGGGGAGCGCAUCUUCUCCACCGCGGUGUUCCAGUGCCCCUGCAGCGCCACCUGGAACCUGCCUUACGGCCUGGUGUUCCUGCUGGUCCCCGCGCUGGCACUCUUCCUCCUGGGCUACGUGCUCUCGGCGCGCACGUGGAACCUCCGGCUCGGCCUCCGCGAGUCGGAAGCCUGCACCUGCUGCGGCGCCGCGCUGCACCGCGUCCUGGUGUGCUCGCAGCUCAGCGGGGCGGCCGCGCUCGCGCCCCUCACCUGGGUGGCCGUGGCGCUGCUCGGGGGCUCCUUCUACGAGUGCGCCGCCAGCGGGAACGCCUUCCUGGCCCGGCGCCUGUGCCCUGGCAACCGCUCCGAGUUGUGCAUCAAACAGCUGCCGCUGGUUCCCUGCCGGGAGGCCCGGGCAGCCGACGUGCAGGACCUCCUGAAGGACCUCAAGGCCCAGUCGCAGGUGCUAGGCUGGAUCCUGAUAGCAAUUGUUAUCCUCUUCAUUCUGAUUUUCGUAUUUGUCACCCGAUGCCUAUCUUCAGCUAGUUUUCUGCAGCUGAAGUUUUGGAAAAUCUAUUUGGAACAGGAGCAGAAGCUCCUCCAAGCUCAAGCCACAGAAUGUGCAGUCGAACUGGCAAAAAAGAAUGUUACAUAUUUCUUUGAGCACUCACAUCCGGAGGAAUGGAACACCCCAUGCAUGAGAGACUGGCAGCAUAUUUCAUCGCUAUAUACUUACAGCAUGUUGCACAACUAUGUUAAUGAAAAAGAGAACACUGAUGGUAACAAAUCUACUGAUGAUAAAACCAGUGUUGAGUUACAACCUUGCAAAUGAAUAGAAAAAGUUCUUUUUAAUUAUUGUUUCAUGUAAAAAAAAUUGUAUUGUUUAUAGUGGC